GGCUAAGGACAGUUUCAGUAUAAAUAUCAGAUGUUAAAGAAAGAUAAGUAAAUUGCUCCAGAUAUUUGCGAUGAAUACAGUAUAUCUGGUUGUGUGCCUUUUUGCUAGUUUUGGACUUGUUUUGGGACAAGACACACUUUGCAGCUAUGACAAAGGCAAUCACUAUGUCAUCGCAUUCGCAAACAUAGUCGACAUGGACACAACAUCAGGGGCUAAAGCGACCCCGUCCUCAAUCGUUCUUCGCUUCACUGCCGACUCCUCCACCCGUGUAACGGUCUCCAUUAAGGGAACGAAUUCAUCCGACCAAACAAAAUGGGGCAGAAAUGGAGAAUUCACUUUGCCUGCCUCAACGCUGAUCAUUGAUGAUGGAAAACACAGCAACAGAGCAGUUAUCAUCCACGGAGACCAUGAUUUUUCCCUCCUUGCCGUUUACCAAUUCCCCGACUUUGAGAUUCCAACACCAGUACUUCCCACUGCAGCUUUGGAGACAGACUACACCGUGACACUGCAAGCACCGAGUUUCGUUACUUCUGAGCAUGCGGUUAAAAUCGUGAUUGUUGCACUGAAUGAUUCCAGUUACGUGACUUUGCAAGAUGCCGGUAUCCAUACCAGUUUUUCUUUGAAGCAAAACGACGUUCAAAUCAUUUCCAGUACCAGCAACGAUUUUAGUGGAGUUCGUGUACAUAGUAGAGAUAAAAUUGCUGUAUUUGCAGUUGCAUCGGCUGGCUUUUUCCAAAGAUCUUAUCAACUAUCUGCCAAUCAAAACAACUAUGCACGAUCUGUGUUCAUGCAAGUCGUGCCUUUUGAUAACAGUGCUCUGAGAUACAUUCUUGUUCCUAUGCUCCAAUUACAUUCAAUAGUCCGUAUUUACGCCAGAGAUGACAACACGAGUGUCACACUGGACGGGUUUGGCAGUCCAAAGACAGUUCACGUCUACAAGGAAAUAUUCUACGAAACGUCUUUUGAUAGCAGAUACCCAUUUGAAAUAACCUCAACCAAACCAAUUAUUGUCACACAAACCCCUAUCUUAGACCAUGGUGGUGGAAAACUGUUCACCUUAACUGUACCAGCCGUCACCCAAUACAGCAACGAGUAUGGCAUAUACGGCGCAACGCACGCUUAUGUUUUUAUACCUAGUAGCGAAUCAUCCGGAAUCCUAGUGGAUGCCAAGCCCCUUACCCACGUGCCGGAUCAGUUGACGAUCCAAACCGUCAAUACAGACUAUGUUGUCAUGUCUGUGCCAUUGUCCCACGGCCACACAAAGCUGUCCCACAUUGGCCAAAGGUCGUUUGGGCUGCUGGUGUACAACGACGCGUUGAAAAGGACGUAUAUAUACAGUCCGAGAUACAACUUGCACUCCAUAGAUUGCUUUCCAUCCAUUGGAAGUUUGAUCGGCUAAGUCGUAUUUUCUACAUGUGCCCGUUCGAUGAAUAAAAAAAUGUGAGAAUA